ACAACCCUCCAUCAACCCACACAAGGCGUUCCAAAAAACCAUGUCUCUGACUUUUAUAACAGACUGAAACCUUUUAAACCCAUAAAAACCCCAUACAAUUCUAUUUAAAUUCAUACUUGUAAAAACGCCUGUGAUUAUUUAAUAGCAACGUGUCGGCAAAAUAAUUGCGAUAAAAAAUUCAACAGGCGUUCAGGUUCCACGCUCGCGAUUAGAAACGUAUAUCCUUUUAUAUUUUAAAGUUACCCCUUUUUCUAUACUAUUGUUAACGUUUCAAGUUAUUGAUUUAAUAAACUCUUGGUAGAAUUAUACAAAAGUGUCGUUGAGAAAGUCGAUUGGAUAUUGUAUCGAUCAUAUAAAUAUUAAUUAUGAACGGUUCGAGUGAAUUGUGAACAUGAAACGUAAAUACGGUGUCCUGAGUUUUGAAAGUGCUGUAGUGUAAAUUUUAAUAAGUGAAGAUGUUGAGUCCAAAGAUUCAACGUUCAGUCCGCGUCAACGACGGACAACUUGUGACGCUGUCUGACCGAGCUCAGUACGACCACUCUCAGGCCGGGUACUUGCACAAACGGAGUGCUGACAAUACAAAAUGGCAGCUGCGGUGGUUUGUUCUAUAUCAGAACCUGCUGUUUUAUUACGAGUCGGAGAACAACACGCGCCCCACGGGAGUGCUUCUGCUGGAAGGCUCGUACUGCGAGCGACUGAGCAAGUCACCCAUGGAGAGGAAUGCUUCGUUCUGCUUCACCAUCACGUAUCGGCGAGAAAGCCAACGCCAGUACGAGUUGAGAGCUGCUUCUGAGGUUGACUGCGUGCACUGGGUCGACGCUAUCCGGGAGGCCAGUUUCAACAAGCUGCUGCUACAGAAGGAGGAGCUGGAACAGAAGCAGCUGCAUCUGCUGCAAGUGGUGGAGAGCGAGCGCACUUCGCGCUGGCAGUACGCGCAGCAGUGUGACGAGCUCGCCAACGAGGUCAAGAAGCUGAGGACAGAACUGUGCGCUUACAAGAAGGAACAUGAGCCGUCAGCCACUCGCACAGCGUCAAGCACUAGUCUGUCCCCAACCGACUCCGAUGAUAUCGAUCCUGCAGAGCUGCGCAAGAUAAAGAAAGUACAGAGCUUCUUCCGAGGCUGGUUGUGCCGACGCCGCUGGAAGCAGAUCGUGGAGCAGUAUAUCAAGAGCCCACACGCUGAGAGCAUGAGAAAGAGAAAUAGCCUUGUUUUCAAGAUGGUGGAAGCUGAAGAGGAAUAUUUAGAGCAAAUGGAAAUUUUGGUGACAUGUUUCCUCCGGCCAUUCAAAAUGGCAGCCAGCUCGAAGAAGCCGCCGUGCACGCACGAGGACGUCAACUCCAUCUUCCUGAACAGCGAGACGGUGCUGUUCCUGCAUCAGAUAUUCUUCAAGGGGCUAACCUCGCGGAUGGAGUCCUGGCCUACACUUGUCUUAGGAGACCUAUUCGACAUGUUGCUGCCGAUGCUGACGAUCUACCAGGAGUACGUGCGCAACCACCACUACUCGCUGCAGGUGCUCACCGAGUGCAAGCAGAGCCAGCCCUUCACGCAGCUGCUGGCGCGCCUGGAGAGCAAGUCCGCUUGCCAGGGCCGCUCGCUGGAGACCUUCCUCACUUAUCCUAUGCAUCAGAUACCUCGCUACAUCAUCACUCUGCAUGAGUUGUUAGCCCACACACCACACGACCACGUCGAGCGCCGCAGCCUGCAGCACGCAAGAGCACAACUCGAAGAACUCUCUCGACAGAUGCAUGAUGAGGUGAGCGAGACAGAAAAUCUGAGGAAGAACUUGGCAGUGGAGCGAAUGAUCAUCGAAGGAUGCGACAUCCUGCUUGAUGUCAACCAAGUCUUCAUAAGGCAAGGCACACUAUCUCAAGUAGUUGGUAAAGGGCGUCGUGCAUCAUUGCAAGCUCGCCAGGCGUUCAUAUUCAGCAACCACCUGCUGCUGACCACUCGGGCAACCGGAGGACGCUUGCAUCUACCACCGCAUGGAAGACUGCCCUUACAUGACGCCCUGCUCAUUGAAGAUCCGUCUAAUCAUGAUGACGAUGAUACCACAUCAGUUUGUUCUUCGCCUGGAGGUGAUAUCUAUCAAGGAAAAGAUUUCAAGAUACUCGUUGAAGUCAAAGGCGAACAAAUCUGUGCACAUUUAGUGGCUGCAACGCUCGAAGAAAAGGCAGCAUGGACGAGCGAGCUAGCACAGUGCAUGGAAAGUGCUGCCUUAACAGAACUCCUUCGCGCCUGUGGCUCCUGCGGUGCUGCAUCAGCUAGUUUGCCAGCUUGCCGCUCAGACAGAGCCCUCUUCACUGAUGAUGUGGAUAUACGCUUCAGUAGGACCUUGAACUCUUGCAAAGUUCCGCAAAUUCGGUCAGCUACCCCACAAAGGCUUUUGCAGAGAUUGACAGAUCUUCGCUUUCUAUCAGUGGAUUUCCUGAAUACGUUUCUGCUGACGUACCGCGUGUUCACUGACGGCGUCACAGUACUGGAGGCUCUGAAGCAGGUGUACUACGAGCAGUCGCAGCAGGACAUGGAGUUGGCACCGCCAGCUGAUGCUACGAGGAAGACCAGCGCCGCUAGCACUGUUUCUGGUUAUGGUUCAGAACUAAGCGAACGCGACUGGCAGUCUCGAUUUUGGAAGAAUUCCAGGAAGAGCGAAGAAGAAGAUAAGCUAUCUCCCUAUUUGAUGGCACCUUCACGUCGUACUUCGGCGGUUAGCAAGGCUGAAGAGGAUAACAGUCAUCUACAAAUACCAACAAUAAUGGCGACAUCAUCAAGCAACGAGACAUUGAAAGGUACUCAACCAUCGUCACCUAGUGCAGUGAGUUCAGUGACCCUAGUCGGCUCUCCAAAAAAAACAAGUCCAGUCGACAGUACAUCAAAGCCACCAACCCCGAAAGAUGCAGGAUCUCCAACCAAGGACAACAAUAGGGCGGCCGCCACCAUCAUGAAGGACGAAAGCAUUGAAAUGGUGGAUCAAAGCGACGAAGAUAUCAAGUACAAGGAGGAAGAGCAAGAAAAGAAUAAGUAUAAAAUCGACGAUAAAUUUAAAAUUUCACAACGGUUUUCGGAGCGUGUCCGCACAAUGUCUGAGAGUCCUCGUCGCCUACAACCCUCAGCGGGCGCCGCGGCUGAGGCCCGAAGAUGCUCCGAGGGUGCGAGGGAAGCAGCCUCCGCUAAAGAGGGAACUGAACCUCGGCGUGCUUCUGAUACUGCUGCUAGAUCUCUCCCUAGACGUUCUGUGAGUGAAAGGCGUUACACCAACGCAUCAAUCAACAGCGAGCGUCGCCGCUACUGGGGUGGCUCCGAGCCCCGGACUUCAGUGACGUCACAAGUUUCACAAAUGCAGAACUAUCGUCGUGAGACUAACCAACCAAGAGCUGGGGUCGUGAUAACUUCGUUCCGUCAAUCCCAUCGCAGCUUUGGAAAUGACCUGUUGUGGAGCAGUACAUCCACGGCUGCGGUUGCCUUCGCUGUUGCCACUUCAGCAUCGUCUAAUCCAAGGUCUCCACCACCAACCUCACCACCGCAUGCACGGCGAGACUCGGUCAUAUCAACUGCUGCUACUAUGAGAGUUUUGAAUGUUCUAAGGCACUGGAUCUCCAAGCACUCAUCAGAUUUCUGGUCGGACGAGCGUCUCCGUGGCCUCACCAUGGACUUCCUCAAAGAGAUCGAGAGCAGCCCAGGCUUGCUUCCAGCUGAGAAUAAGUCGGCGUCACAGCUGCUACGACUGUUGGAGCGACCACCGGACAGGGCCGUGGAUUUGAAAGCCUUGUUUAUGCCACCAAGAGUACCCACUAAAGAAAGCACCGAAACAUUAUCAGCUCUUGAGAUCGCCGAGCAAAUGACUUAUUUGGAUUAUCAGAUAUUCAGCUCUAUUCACAGCGAAGAGUUCCUGGGCCAAGCCUGGACGAAGGGUGACAAAGCGGAGCGCGCACCACACAUCCUGAUGAUGACGGCUCACUUCAACCACAUCUCAAACCUUGUCAUAUCGGAGAUACUCAAAAAAUAUACGCUUUUGGGUCGCGUAGCAGCCAUAGAGAAGUGGGCAGCGGUGGCCGACAUCGCGCGCUGCCUGCACAACUUCAACGGCGUGCUGCAAGUCUGCGCCGCGCUCGCCAACACCUCCGUAUUCCGCCUCAAGAAGACUUGGGAGAAAGUGUCCAAAACUAGUAAGCAGACCCUGGACAAACUGCAAGUGUUGAUAUCUUCCGAGUGUCGGUUCAGGAUUUUAAGAGAUGCUUUACACAGGUGCGAUCCCCCCUGCAUCCCGUACCUGGGCAUGUACCUGUCGGACCUCUCGUUCAUCGAGGAGGGAACCUCCAACUACACUCCCGACGCACUCCUCAACUUCUCCAAGAUGAGGAUGAUAGCUCAUGUGAUCCGUGAAAUUAGAAACUUCCAACAGACUCCAUACAAAAUCGAUCACAUACCAAAAGUCUGUGAGUUCCUUCUGGACCGAUCGCUGAUAAUAAACGAAGAGCGUCAAUAUACGCUGUCCCUUGAGUUGGAGCCCCGUGCGGCGCGGGGCUCCGCCGGGGGUCUCCCAGGCACCCCCGCGUCACCAGCCUCCCCAACCGCGCAGCGACGACGCCGCGCCUCGCUGGCUGCGCUUGCGCCGCUUGCUCCUCUACGUGGUGACCGUUAAACAUCUUAACCCCUCAUUU